UGCAAAAACGUCCGAGCUGAUAAUUGGGAUUGAAUACCGCUGUUACUGCGAGGGCUGUAAAAAUGGCCGAAACCGAUAGACAGUCUGUGGAAGAACAUCUUUCAGACAAUUCACUACCCUUAGGACAUUUUUAUCGCUGUUUGUCAUUACUGAUUGAACUGAUAGUCCUGUUUUGUCGCAUGAUUUACCAUGUUGCUUGCAGCUUCUACCGAUUCGUCUUUCCUGCCAGUCCCAAGUAUGUGUAUGGACGUACUGUUUUGAUCACCGGCUCAGCAAAUGGACUAGGGCGACUGCUGGCCCAAGAGUUCGCCAGGAGAGGUGCUCAGCUUGUCUUGCUGGAUGUAGAUAUUGAAGGAAAUAAAUUAUUGGCAGAGGAACUGUGUAGCAAAGGGAGAAGUGCUCAUGCAUACUACUGCGAUUUGAGUAGAAAAACAGACUUAUACUCAGUUGUUGCGCAAAUUAAACGGGACAUUGGACACGUUGAUAUUUUGAUAAAUAAUGCUGCUACUUUGAGUGGAAAACCAGUGCUACAGUGUUCAGAUAGUGCUAUAGAGAAGGUCUUUGAAGUGAAUACCAUGGCAUAUAUUUGGCUCACCAAAGCUUUUCUCCCUGACAUGUUGAACCGGAAGCAGGGUCAUGUUGUCAACAUUGCCAGUCUGGCAGGCUUUGUCGGUGUCAAUGGCCUCGCUGACUACUGCGCCAGCAAGUCUGCUAUCAUUGGCUUUACAGAGGCAUUGGGCUAUGAGCUAAAACAGAUGAAAGUAUCAAGUGUACAUCUUUCCUUAGUCUGUCCAUCUUACAUGGAGGAAGGCAUGUUUGCUCAAUGCAAAUCUAGAUUUCCAGCACCUUUGAAGUCAGAGAGAGCUGUUAAAAUGAUACUUCAAGGAAUCCUAACCAAUCAGAAACGAAUAUUUGUACCUUGGUAUGCACAGUACAUACCAGCAGUCAAAUCUAUUUUACCCGUUAGUGCCUUCACGGCUCUUCUGGAUUUUAGUGGAGGAGGUGGAGUCAGCUUUCUCAGGAACUUCAAAGGACCAAGGAAAAGCUAGAAGUCACGAAACCACUUAUAUUCACAACCUCACUACAAGAUGACUGAGAUGAAGUGCUCACAUGUUGUGGUAACAAGUUGCAUGAAUUUGAUGGUUUUAACUUGUAAUAACUUCAGCUGAGGUCUUUGAAAAUGUUUGAAAUCACAAAGAUUUUUAAGCCAAAUAACUCUGGCUAGGAUGGCAUAAUACACCAAUUAUUGUCAAUAUCAUAAAGUGAUUGUUGUGGGGGAAUUUGGCACCUGUAUCAUGUCAUAAGUGUAUAAUGAAUAGGCGACUAAGUAAUCGGGGCCUCGUUGAUUAUUUAAAGAAUAGCUAGAAAGAGGAAAGUGUUUACAGAGCGAACAUCUUCCACCAUCCUUGUUCAAGUCUUAUUAUUAUAGUAACGCUUGAAUCUCACCUGGGAUAUACUCUGUCCCCUGUUACUUAAGGUUAACCAGAGGAUGGUUAAUUUGUUUUAGAACGGAGCGCCCACACGGCCCUCAAUCUCUUGGGGACGAGUCUGGGCUUACUGCCGUGCGUGGUGAAGCAGUUCAUUGUCUCUGCAUUUAAAAAACUGAAUGGGUGUUUGGUGGAAUAUUGCCUACCCUUUCAAAACAAAUACAGGGGGGGGGGGGUAUGGGAGACAGAAUUUUUCUCUCAAGCGGUCAGACUGUAUUUUCCCACUCACCUGGAUAUCCCGAGAGAUAUCUCAGUAAACGGUUGAUAAUUUGAACACUGUGUCAUUGUGCCUUCAAGAACUACAUUUAGUUCACACCUCACAUACCUGGACCCCUUCUUACAAAGAGUUACAAUUGAUCAGAUCAAACUCAAGUUUUUUUAAAUCCAUCACUGUCAUUUGUUUUUCUUUAGGAAGUUUGCACAAUGUCCUUUAAAAACAGAGGAGCACACUGAAUUGUCAAUAAACAAGUGAAUGUAAGAUCAAUACAUCAUACUUAAAGGACAAGUCCACCCCAACAAAAACUUGAUUUGGAUAAAAAGAGAAAAAAUCAACAAUCAUA